AUGAGGGCUGCUGAAGAUCCCUCAAGUGUAAUUCGUUACUGCUUUUUUCAGGAAGGGGGUGGUUUGGAGGGAGGCAGGAUGAUCAUCUCAGGUCCAAGCUACACCGACCUGCUACUGGUGCGUUUGGCGGCUUACAUCUUGACGUUCACAUUCAUUCACAUGGAAAGGGCAUCCAUACGCCUCACGCCAUCCAAGUCGGCGUUCCGCACGCAAACAGGCAACUCCUGGCUUGAGUCUGCAGGCUCGUCGCCUACAAACCUAGCAUUGGUAACACACAUAUCCCGGUCAAGGUCGGAGAAGCGCUAUGAACAUCUCAGUCAGCCGGCAUAUAGAUCGGGAUAUGCUGCCUCUCACUACCAUUGGCCAUUGGAAUAUGGUAUAAAUGCUCGCAGUUUGGGAAUACAGAGCUAUCAGCCCAACAAGCUUCCAAAUCCACUAGAGAUGUCUUACCCAGUUUUCAACGCCCAAACCACUGCCGAGGAGGUCGCCACAGCUUUCGCCGACCAGAUAAAGGGCAAGAACGUGCUUAUCACUGGAACGUCUCUGAACGGGAUCGGCUUCGAGGCGGCGCGCGUCAUAGCCAAAUAUGCCCAUCUCGUCAUCAUCACCGGAUACAACAAGGAGCGAUUGGAGCUCUCGCGAGCUGCAUUGGAGAAGGAGAGCCCCAAGGCUGAGAUCCGACCACUGGUUCUCGAUCUCGCGUCACUCGAAGACGUGCGCAGGGCGGCUGCCGAGGUCAACGCGUACACGGAGCCCAUUCACGUCCUGGUCAACAACGCCGCCGCCGCGAUCGGCAGUUACAAGCUCACUGUGGACGGUUUCGAGAGCCAAAUGGGCACGGACCAUCUCGGCCCGUUCCUAUUCACGGCCCUUAUCGCGCCGAAGAUCCUCGGCGCGCGCACUGCGACGUUCACUCCCCGGGUGGUGUUCGUCUCGAGCACCGUGCACACUUACUUUCCGUUGGAUCUGGAGACGCUCGCCAAACUCGAUCCGAAGUCGUACACUGCGGUAAAUGCGUACGCCCAAGCCAAGGUGGCGAACGUGCUCACCGCGGCCGAGAUCUCGCGGCGGUCGAAGGGACAGAUCAACGCGUACAGUCUCCACCCCGGAGUUGUCUUCACCAACAUCAAUCAGAGGAAGGAAGCGACCGAAAUGGGGAAGGAGGUGGGCAUCCUCCUCCCCGAUGGCACGCCCAACCACGAGGCCGCGCCGUGGAAGUCGAUUCCUGCGGGUGCUGCGACGACUGUGACUGCCGCGUUCGACCCGCGCCUGGAGAGUGUUCCGGGUGCAUAUCUCGAUGAUUGCGUCGUUGCGAACGAGAAGAUUGCGCCGCACGCUGCUGAUCCUGACGUUGCUGCAAAGCUGUGGGAGAUCACGGAAGAGCUUGUCGGUGUCAAGUUCAACUUUUGA